AACCCAUGGCCCUCGAUGUCGUUGCAUCCUAUGAUUGUAAAUACCCGGAUUCACGUCAGUGGAAGCUUGAUAGGUUCUAGCAAACACGUUUGGAGCAGCUGUGGUUUCUCUUGAGCAUCGUUAAUACGGGAAGAGCUACCCUUUUGGAUCAUUCAGCAUGGACAAUCUGAGAUAUCUUUCGUCGAAACAAGCGCUCUUUGAUUUGGCUGUUUUCAGGCAGUAUUAUCAGGAAUCCUUAAAUGCAAAGCUCAACAAAUCAACACAUAACCCAUGGUUUGUCUUUGGCAUCUCAUACGCGGGAGCCCUAAGUGCGUGGUUCCGCCUCAAGUUCCCGCAUCUUACCUGCGGAAGUCUUGCUAGCUCAGCCGUUGUUCUUGCUGUUUACAACUUCACAAAGUUUGAUCAGCAGGUUGGUGAAUCCGCUGGUCCAGAAUGUAAAGCUGUGUUGCAAGAAAUUACCAAUCUUGUCGAGCAGAGACUUGAAUCUGACCAGAAGGAGCUAAAGAAAUUAUUUAACGCGUCCAAGCUAUCGGACGAUGGCAACUUCUUGUAUUUUCUGGCAGAUGCAGCAGCCACAGCGAUUCAAUAUGGUGAUCCAGAUGAACUGUGCAAUCCUCUUACUGAAGCAAAGAAAGCUGGCGAAGAUUUAGUGGAAGCAUAUGCCAAAUAUGUGAAGGAGUAUUACAUAGACUAUAUUGGUGCCGAUGUUGAGGCCUACGGGCAACAGCAGUUGAAGAAAGCCAAAAUAAGCGAUAGCAGUUCUGCUCGGUUGUGGUGGUUCCAAGUGUGUACAGAAGUUGCAUAUUUUCAAGUUGCACCAGCAAAUGAUAGCAUCCGUUCGUCAAAAGUCGACACUAGAUACCGUUUGGAUCUCUGCAAAAAGGUCUUUGGGAAUAAUAUGCCUGGCCCUGAUGUUAACGCGACAAACCUAUUUUAUGGAGGCAAAGAUAUUGCUGGUUCAAAAAUAAUCUUCACGAAUGGUUCACAAGACCCUUGGCGGCAUGCAUCUAAACAGACAUCUUCACGCGGCAUGCCUGCAUACAUCAUCAAGUGUCACAACUGUGGCCAUGGAGCGGACAUGCGUGGCUGUCCUCAGUCUCGCUUGGUUCCCAAGGGCGAUGCAAAGAACUGUUCAUCCCCAGACGCGGUCAAUAAAGUAAGACAGGAUAUCGUCACCCAUAUUUAUCAGUGGCUAUCGGAAUGUCAGUUUUUGGGUGUAAGCGCCAUGUAAAAUAUAGUGUAUAAAAUGAGAACUUCAGGCCAUGUUAAUUCUGUAUGUAUUAGACUUCACUAGUUAUGUAUAGUUAUCUUUUAUUGUAAGAGACAUUGAAACAGAGAAGAGAUAAAUAAAGAGCAUUCUCGCCUGUUUCAUUA